AUGUCUAUUCCACCUGCUCGCGAAUUAAACGGCUCUUUGUCUCUCAAAUCCAAAACGACAAAGUAUAAUCUGGUGCAGGUGAAAGGGACGUGGACAAAAAGGAAGACUGGGAAAACUCAUGGACAAAACAAAAACGAACAUGUUUCAUCUGCAGAAAUCCAUGAAUGCAGUGAAGAUAAGGGAACUACUUGGACGGUGGUCAGUCCCAUAGUGUUUACUUACCAGGUCAAGGAGACACAGCAGCUUCUGGACCCCAGCAACGACGCCCUCCUGACAGGCCACAUCAGAGACCCCGAACAGCUGGAGCACUUCCGACGCAAACCCAGGCCCAUCAAACGCUUCGUGGUCAUGGACGAGACCGUGUUCAAACUUUAUGGCUGUCAGGUCAAGGACUAUUUUGAGAGUCGAGGCGUCCUUUACAGCAUCCUUCCCUUGGCCACCACAGAGGAGAACAAGUCGAUGGAGAUGGUGAUGACGAUCGUCGGUGAGGUCCACAAGUUUGGUAUCGACAGGCGGACGGAGCCCAUCAUCGGUAUCGGCGGUGGGGUCUGUUUGGACAUCGUGGGUCUUGCCGCCUCGCUGUACCGAAGGCGCACGCCCUACAUCCGCGUCCCCACCACUCUCCUGUCGUAUAUUGAUGCCAGCAUCGGGGCCAAGACGGGGGUCAACUUCGCUAAUUGCAAAAAUAAACUUGGCUCCUAUGUUCCACCUGCUGCUGUGCUUUUGGACAGGUCAUUUAUGCAAACAUUACCACGAAGACACCUAUCAAAUGGCCUGGCUGAACUGCUGAAGAUGGCGCUGAUGAAGCACCGAGGCCUGUUCGAGUUGCUGGAGACGCAUGGCCAGCAUCUGCUCGACUCCAAGUUCCAGUCCAACGGCCUGAACGUGGACUUGCCAUCGACUGCAGCAGCUGCAGUGGCCACCAAGGUCGCGAUCGAGACCAUGCUGGAGGAGCUGGCCCCAAACCUGUGGGAGGACAGCCUGGACCGACUGGUGGAUUUUGGCCACGUGAUAAGUCCUGAAUUGGAAAUGUGUGUUCUCCCUGCGCUGCUCCACGGGGAGGCGGUGUGUGUGGACAUGGCGUUCAUGGUGUACGUGGCGCGGGAGCGAGGCCUGCUGAGCGAGGGCCAGAAGCUGCGGGCGCUGCGCUGCAUGCUGGCACUGGAGCUGCCCGUGUGGCACGCCGACUGCAGCCUGGCGCUGGUGCAGCGGGCACUGGGCGACCGCCUCACGCACUGCGGAGGGAGGCAGAGGAUGCCACUGCCCACCGGCCUGGGCUGUGCAGAAAUUUUCAACGACACUGAUGAUGAAACUGUGUGCCAGGCUUAUGCGAAGUGGCACAGCGAGCUGGGUGCAGAGCCAUCCUUAUCCCACCUCAUGUCUUCCCUCCAUGUUUGA